CGUGGUCUUACAUGGGAGGGCGGGGAGGUUUGUGAGGUGCGUGUUCUCGGGAGGACGAUCAGCAUGUGAUCAGGAUGUGAUGUAUUGUUUCCCCGCUUUGCGUGCGUCAAACAUAGUUCGGCAGUGUAGUGCGGCCAGUUGCUAGUAGGUGUUUUCAGCUUUCAUGCAGAGCAUCAAAAUAGCCGCCGCUCUUGUAAGCGUGGUGCUGGGGCUGCCCGUACGUCAGCAGGGUUUCCGCUCUCUGAUCGAAGUUUCGGCUGUCGUCCCGGCGUGUUUUACAGUAUGAAGUUUCAGCCGUACGAAGCACGUUUAAUACCGCCGGACCUUCGUCACGAUGAGUGCAUUCUACAAGUGGCGGAUAGUCUCGAUCACCUCAGUAGAGUCGCCAACACAAUUCUGGACGGUCUGCAGGAACGAUUGAAUGAGUAUAAAGGCCGCCUCCAGAGCAUUCAGAAUCGUGCGGAGUUGGCGAAGGCCAAAAUUUCUGCCAUACGUGGCAGCAGCAAAGCGACAAAGGUUUUCUCCAGUUACAAGUAUCCUGCUAGUGAUCCAGAACCUGCUCAAGAGCUGCAGGCCUCUCUGCCAGCUGUACCGUUCCAGCCAAGUCACUUUCGUGUGCGAAGUCAACACUUGGCCCCUGAUGAGCGACUUCUCAAAGAGAAAUUACAGUUCUUCAAUGUUCGUCCACCUGCCAAGGCUAACUCGACUGCCACAAAGCCUGCCUGGCAGAAUGAGGAAGGCCUUGGCAGGUUGCCAGAAAGCACAGAGAGCAUCGGAAGCUUGCUUUUGUUCAACACGGGGGAUAACCCGUACACGAGGUAUGUACAACAUGACCCGCUCGGUGAAGCCAAGCGAACAGCAGCUCGAACAGAAGAGGCACCGGCAGGACCAGGGCUUCUUGGGGCAGCUCCAGCUUCUAUGAGUGGUACGGGACAGCGUGGUGCACCGCAGGAGGCCUUCCUGUACAGCCCAGGCAUGGGUCAGGUACCACAAAUGGACGCGCCUGCGGCCCUUCCUCAUUUGCCAGGCAUAGCUGACGACCUGUCCUACUCGGAAGACUUGGGACCAUCUAUUGCACCGUCAUGGCUUCCAGAACUGCCUGAAGUGCCAGCUGAUGGCUUUGGGGAUGUUCCACCACCUCUCCCUGAAGUGGAUUCUGGUGACUUACCACCUGCUGGAUGCCACUCUGAGCCUGUAGUGGACUGUCCACCCCCCCUGGAGCCAGAUGAGGUGCCAGAGGUGCAGUCUGAGGAGGCUGCACCUCGUCAAGAUGCUGCGAGUGCUCUAGAAUCAAGUACCAGGUCGAGCAAUGCAGAGACACGUGCAGAGUUGUCGCUUCCCGUCACGGAAGAUGGCAGUGCCCGCGCCAGCCUGCUGGAGUCCAUUCGGCAGGCCGGCGGCAAGGCAGGCCUCAAGAGUGCACGUCGUCCACAGCAACAACGCAAGCAGGUUGCACCACCUGGUGGGGACCUCAUGUCUGACCUGAAGAGCAAGCUGCAGCUGCGACGCAGGGGUAUCUCGGGCGAUACAGAUCACACAAGCAAACCAUCAGCUCCUGCUGAAGUCACAUCGCCUUUGGACAGAGUGCUUGAGAUGAUCCCACCGCCUAAGGUGGAGUCUGAGGAGGCCAGCACCACGGACACAGAAUGGAACGACUCGGACUAAAUGGGGCUUUCACCAAAUUAGCGGAUAUAGCGCUACUUGCUUGAAGGCUUU